CUCGUAGCAUGCGUGGCCACAGCUAGAGGGAGGUUUUGUGGGCUAUUUCGCCAGCAGCCAGUGCUGUGCAGCGUUUAGUCUAGCAUGAGACAGCCAAGGGUGAGCACCCGAGUUUUCACACAAUAAAGGUGCUGAACGGGACCAAGCACUCCGGGGAUACCACCAACCCACGGGAGGGAAGCGUACCACCAUGUACAAGACCAGCUACCUGCACGAGGUGCGAAAGGAAAAGUACGAGCGCUCAGAUGUCUUUGAUGAGGAACCUGGGGACUCUGAAUGCUCUGCAGGCAUCUCAGCCAUCCAGGGAUGGGAGAGCCUUCAGGAGCUCAACAGCCGCUUUGCCCGGUACAUCAACAGGGCACGAGUCCUGGAACAACGCAAUGCCGUGUUCCGCAAGCAGCUGGAGACGCUGCAGCGGAUGGAAGAAGCCAGCGGCCUAGAGGAGGCCUUCACAGAGCAGAUUGAAGUCAACAGGCAGCGAAUCCGGGAGCUGUCGUCUGACCACGCCAAGCUGGAGCGGGAGCUGAGAGAUGCUUGCCGCAUGCUGGAUGAAUUCACCAGCAAAUAUAGAAAUGAAUGUGAUUAUCAAGAACAGCUUCGGAGCACACUGGAGCAAUUAAACAAGGAGGCUGACGGUGCUCUGCUGAGAAACCUGGAGUACCAGAUACAAUCACAGUUCCUGCAGGACGACAUCAGCUCCACCAGAGACAGACACAAAAAGAACCUUGCAGAGAUCCAGACCUAUGUAAACAUUUUACAGCAAAUCAACCAGACACUUCCCCUUGUUCCCAAUACGUCAGUGGGCAUCUCUGAGGAACAGGAGAAGCUGCUGGCCCAGAGGAAAGUGCCGGGGCUGCAGAGUCAGCUGGAGGAAUACAAGAGCGCCCUCUGUCAGCUGCAGGCCCAGAAACAACGCCUACACGCUGAGACUUCAAUGUUGGAGCAGUCCAUCAAAAGCACACAGGAGAACUACGACGACGAGAUCCAGAUGUACAACGAGAAAAUCGAGUCUCUGCGGAAGGAGAUCGAGGAGGCUGAGAGGUCCCUCGAGAAGUUCACCAGUGAAUGUCGCCACCUUGCCAUGUACCAGACGUCCCUCGAGAACGAGCUGGAGAGGUACAAGAGGAUCAUCGAGAACGAGGAUAACAGGUUGAAUUCAGCGAUAAUUGGCACUCCCAUUACCCUGUUCACCACUAAUUACCGCUACACUCACACACCCACUGCAUCGAGCAGGGGGAGAGAUAUCACCCAGGCUAUCCAAGACAUCACCAGCAUCAAGCCCCGGCAGAAGAUCCUGGCCAAGAAGGUCCUUAAGAAGAAAGAGCUGACCCCGAAAGAUGUGAUGGACAGUGGCCUGGAGGAGAAAAAUGGGGGCGCUGCUGAAGAGGCUCCAGAUGAAGACACAAGGAGGACUCCAUCUGUGGAAGUGGGUGAGGAGAGGGUGAAGAGAACAGAGCAGAGACCUGUUCUCACUGGAGUGUCUCCACAGGAUGUCCCCGACGGAGCUCAGAUCAGCAAAGCUUUUGACACUCUUUGCAACAUCGUCAGAGACAGAAUGAGGAAGUACAAGAAGCCUGAGCCGAUCGCUGACUUUUACACCAAGGGUCGUUAUGUCCUCGUCACUGGCGACGGCAGCUACCUGGAUCCAUGCUUCUGCACCUCCACACCAUCAGCCGGCCACAUCUUCGUCACUAUCAGAGACGGAAUGAUGCCACCCUACGAGCCUUAUGAACCCGUCAUACCCUCUCCUCUACCUCCAACUCCUGAGCCCAUAAUAGAUCCCAGGCCUGUCAGUCCCACCCCACCUCCUAAUGGAGGAGAAGGAAAGGACAAUAACAAGGGUGGCAAAGGUAAGGACAAUGGAGGUAAAGGUAAGCACAAGAACGGAGAGCCUCAACCUUUUUCUAAAGAUCCGAGCCCAGCCCCUUCACCCUCCGAACCCUCCGAACCCACCCCAGCUGCCACUCAUCCCAAGAAAAGCCGGGAUGACAACGGGCCAAGCGGGCCCACUCCUAAACCUGCGCCCCGCGGUGCCAGCACCAGCUCCAGCUCCAGUUCCAGCACCAGCACCAGCACCAGCACCAGCUCUAGCAGCUACACCCCAGAAGCCAUGAGCUACGAGAAGCUGGAGGUGGUGGAGUCUGUGGAGAAGUUCUCCAAUGAUCGCAAGGUUAAAGGUUACGAAGAGACUUCCAUGGUGGUGGAGACCAUGAUCGAGAAGUCCAGUAAGAAGAAACACUGAAACCACGUCACCUGACAUGAAGAGUCAGUCAACUCCACCAGGGUCCUCCAUGGUUCAGGUCCUCUGACAAGAGGACAAUGCCACUGUUCCUCAAACUACUGUAACAAGACCAAUAUUUUUGUCUCUGAGAAAAACCAAUCAUGCUUAAAGACCAACUACACAUUCCUGCUCUGAUAUUAUUCACUGCUCUUCCAUUUGCUUGCAGUCUCUGGUCUUGCGUCCAGAAUACGUUUUGCUGGUUCCAUAAGUACUGCUGUUGUUGUUCGACUUAACAACCAUGCUCAUGCUAUGAGUCCUUUACUGUCUGAAAACUUGGGACAAUGAAAAAUGAAGCUCCACACCACCAAGAAAAAAAAACAAUGAGAAAAGACAUAAAAAACUAAGAAGUUGUGCCACCCCUCUGAACUCUGUCUUAGAACUCCAAUUUCCCCCUUUGAGCUCAUUUGUUCAAUUGGAUGCCACUGCCUGCCCUCAGCACAAUUUUGCUGUGAAUUAAUUUGCUUUGAUAUAUUGAAUAAUAAAAAAGAUUCAAACAUCAA